AUGGCGGAAGGUCCAAGAAAAGCUCUAGGAGACGUCACACCACCUUCUGGAGAAGAUGAAGAAGAAGGAAAAGAAGUAACUCUUGAUUUUGAUGAAGACGCUUUGACAGUUGAAGUUAACAAGAAUGAAAGUAACGAAGGUCACACAAAAGAAGAUCUUUUAAACGCCAUCCACUUUUACACGGAAAAAAUUAAAGAGAAAUGCGAAAACAAAGAAUUGAAGGCCAAACUGUACAACGACAGGGCAACAGUAUAUUUCAAAUUAGGCAAUUACCAGGAUUCACUGGGAGAUGCAACAACCGCCCAUCAUCUACAACCAACAUAUCUGAAGGCAAUUGUUACAGGAGCAAGUGCCUGUCUUGCGCUGAAUAAGCCUGAAGAAGCGCUCAGAUGGUGUGUUCAAGGAUUAGCUACGAAGACAGUAAUCGAUAUAAUAAAGCAAGACCUCCACAAUGCAAGAGAACUGGGAGACAGGGCUGGCGAGGGACAUGCCUACCACGAUCUUGGCAUGGCUUAUUACCAGCUGGGUGAUAUCAAUCAAGCCACAGAGUACCACAAACAACAUCUUACUAUUGCCAAAGUACUGGAAGACAGGGAAGGCGAGAGAAGGGCCUACCACAAUCUUGGCUUGGCUUAUCGCGUGCUGGAACUGAGAGACAAAGGUGGCGAGGGACAUGCCUACCACGAUCUCGGCAUGGCUUCUUACCAGCUGGGCGAUAUAAGUCGAGCCACAGAGUACCAGAAACAACAUCUGACUAUAUCCGAAGAACUGGGAGACAGGGCAGGCGAGAGAAGGGCCUACCACAAUCUUGGCUUAGCUUAUCACGUGCUGGGUGAUUUCAAUCAAGCCAUACAGUACCACCAACAACAUCUUAUUAUUGCCAAAGAACUGGGAGACAGGGCAGACGAAAGAAAUGCGUACCACAAUCUUGGCUCGGCUUAUUACCAGCUGAAUGAUUUCACUCAAGGCAUAGAGUACCACAAACAACAUCUCAGUAUUGUUAAAGAACUGGGAGACAGGGCAGGCGAGGGACAUGCCUACCACGAUCUCGGCUUGGCUUAUUACAAGCUGGGUGAUUUCAAUCGAGCCAUAGAAUAUCAAAAACAACAUCUUAGUACUGUUAAAGAACUGGGAGACAGGGCAGGCGAGGGACAUGCCUACCAAGAUCUUGGCUCGGCUUAUCAAAAGCUUGGUGAUUUCAAUCAAGCCAUAGAGUACCACAAACAACAUCUUACUAUUGCCGAAGAAACGGGAGACAAGGCUGGCGAGGGACGUGCCCACCACGAUCUUGGCUCGGCUUAUCACAAGCUUGGUGAUUUCAAUCAAGCCAUAGAGUAUCACAAACAACAUCUUGGUAUUGCCAAAGAACUGGGAGGCAGGGCAGGCGAGGGACAUGCGUACCACGAUCUUGGCUCGGCUUAUCACAAGCUUGGUGAUUUCAAUCAAGCCAUAAAGUAUCACAAACAACAUCUUACUAUUGCCAAAGAACUGGGAGACAGGGCUGGCGAGGGACAUGCCUACCACAAUCUUGGCUUGGCUUUUGAAAGCUCUGGUGACUUGCACCGAGCGGUUGAUUAUUAUCAACGCAGUGUUAGAUUUUUCAAUCAGUUAAGAGUUCUUCAAGCUAAAGAUGAGUUGAAAGUAACCUUCCGCAAUGCACAUCAAUGCAGUUAUAAUGCUCUCUGGAGAACUUUGCUUAAGCUGUCAAAAUUCGACGAGGCGUUGUGUGUUGCGGACCAAGGACGAGCCCAAGCCUUGUUAGAUCUCAUCAAACUACGAUAUGGCUCCCAACUGCCAGUUUCUGGAUCAGCUGAGGUUCAACCAGGGAUCUUCGAAAUGGUCACUAAUAUCUCUGGUCCGACGCUUUUUGUUGCACUACAAGAAAACGCAGUUAACCUGUGGGUAAUCGGGAAAGACGGAAAUGUACAGUUUACACAGAAGGAAGUAAAAUAUCGCUUGGGAGGUGCGACCGACUAUUUAAAGAGUUUAAGGAAGAAGGCUUAUGAAGAAGUACGAGGACAAUUCCGUGUACCGGUAGUCUGUGAAAACCGCACAUUAGAUGAGACAAGCACCGAACAAGAAUUGCCACCCGCCGGUGAAGAAACAGGAAACCUAUUACAGUCUGACAAGAAUCCUCUACGUCUCUUUCAUGAGUGCAUCAUAAGUCCUAUUUCAAAUUUCAUCGAAGAUGGUGAGUUGGUCGUCGUUCCUGAUGGUCCACUGUGCCUCGCCCCUUUUGCUGCAUUUUUGGAUUCCGAAUCAAAGUACCUCAGUGAAUCCGUGAGAUUGCGGUUUCUUCCGUCAUUGAUGUGUAUGAAACUGAUUAACGAUUCUCCUGAAGAUUAUCACCAAAAGAGUGGGGCGUUACUCGUAGGAGAUCCAAAUCUAGAAGAAUUUACCACCUUGCUGGGAGAGGACAAAUUUUCAUCCUUGCCUUUCGCCAAAAAGGAAGUGGAGAUGAUCGGAGCGAUGCUCGGUAUCCAGCCACUCACCGGAAAAGCAGCAACCAAGGCUGAGGUGCUAAAGAGAAUCGGUUCGGUUGCUUUGGUGCACAUUGCUGCGCACGGAAAAAUCGACAAUGGGGAAAUUCCAUUGGCUCCAAAUCCAGAACGAAAAUACAGAAGACCGGAAGAACCAGAUUUCAUGUUAACCAUUUCAGAUGUACAAGCAGCUAAGUUGCGUGCAAAGCUUGUUGUGUUAAGCUGUGCUCACAGUGCACAGGGCAAAGUGUCAAGUGAGGGUGUGGUCGGCAUUGCACGGGCUUUUCUCGGUGCUGGUGCUCGUUCUGUUCUGGUCGCACUCUGGUCAAUUGAUGACGAGGCCACCAUGGAGUUUAUGAGAAGCUUUUACCAACAUCUGAAGGAUGGAAACAGCGCCAGUGUGUCACUCAAUCGGGCGAUGAAAUGUCUGCGAGAAUCACAAAAGUUCAAUGCCCCGCGGUUCUGGGCUCCGUUUGUACUCAUUGGUGAUGACGUCACAGUCGAUUUUGGACAAAUCUGUAAAGAAUCAUCCCAAGGAGAAGAAGCAUCAAUAACUGAAGUUGAGGGUCAAGAUGAACACGAACAGAUGCCAUAAAAGGAAAUUGCACUGAUGCAGUUCAGUAAAUACCAGUAAAGUAAAGUCUCUAAAGAAAAACACUGAAAAAAUACGUAAAAACCUGUCGACUUCACGUUGGUCUCGUGGGUAGGUUACCCGGGUCAAAAUUCGUCAGAGAAUUGCUGAAAAGUAAAUCAAGAAUUUCUUAAUUCCUUGAUGCGAAAGUCUAACCGUCAAAUUCAAGUUUCCAAUUGCAAUACCAAUUAUUCCGGUGUAUGUUUGGCUUAAGCCAGGACACGGGGCGUGUUAUCAAUGAUAAAUCUUAAUUUUUUUUUUUUAAUCAAUUACUUUUUUUACACAUAAAAAUUGACCCAUUUAAUCUAGCUGAGAUUCGCGCCAACUGCUAAUUAUCUCGACCCGCACAAAGUACCAGAGAACAGCAAAGGUUACAGGUCACCUCUUAGCCCGAAUUUUAGAUUGUUAGUGUUGCACAAUUACUAAGGCAAACCAAAACUUGAGGGCAACAAUGGCUGAAGUAUUGAUUUUUUUCUCUUUUUUUGAAUAUUUUCUAGCAUGCAAAGAAAUAAUCGUUGCAGGUAAACUACAAGUAAAGAAAUCAAAGAAAUAAAGCCUGAUAAACGCCAGGCUUCCACGGGAUUCGAAACCCGUGACCCCCAGACACUUAAGCCUCAUUUUGGGAGCGAGGCAGAGUUCCUAACUGUGAUUCUUUUCGUUGUUUUAAAGAUAUGCAUGAUUGUUCGAACAAUAAGAUAUUGAAAUAGUUUUCAUAAAUCGAAGUAUUUUCAAUUUAAAGAUGGUUUUGCAAUUGAAGAAGGUGAACACCGGCAAAAGAAGGGCAUCAGAGUUUCAAUUCAUUUCCAUUAAGUUAAACGUAAUUUUUUGCAUGACUGCUUUACGUUAGCUUAUUAAGUUAAUUUUUAAUCGUCGAAAUGACAUAUUUAGAGGAGAAAAGGAAAAUUUGUAAUCUUAGCAGCCUCAUUUGUUUUAAUAAAGCUUAGUAGAUUGAGAUGAAGAACAUUGCCACCAUUAUAUUUCAAGGGAAAUUACACGUUAGAUUCGACAACGACAAACAAACAAACUUUGGCAAAGUGUAGUCUAAUUAAUACCGUCGAGGCUGGCAUAUUGACUCCCUACAAGAAGGAGCCAUUCCCAGAAAAUAAAAAAGACGAAAAAAGAAAUGAGAAAAAAUUUUUCCUCCGAA